AUGUGUGAAGUACCGCGACGGUCGACACCGGAAGCAGCGCCCACUUACGCAGCCCAGGAAGAGGCCGAUAUCUGUCGAAUGCCGGCGGACAGAAAUGAUCAAUCGCAUCAGGACAGUGAGGGUGAUUACAUAGCGCUGAAGAAAUGGGAGCUUGGAUUUCUGCGCCGAGAAUGCAUCAAUCUCGGGCUGGAAACGUUUUACCUCAAAUACAUGGAGCGCGUGCAGCGGAGCUAUCUGUCCAUCUUCGUGGUGCUUCAAACGUUCGUUAGCAUAUCGCAUGUGAUCGUCAUUGUGACCGGCAAACAGCACCCGACGGCCGCCAUUCAUCCGGAUCUGAUCUGCUACACGUUUGGCAUACUCUUCGUGUGGAUCUCGCUGUUUGCCGCGUUCAAGGAAGGGCUCGUGAAGGCAUACCCCUGGGUUCCGUACGUGUCCUCCAGUAUGGCGGUCAUCACGAUGAUCGUUACUGACCUAACGAUCCCACUGUACCACGCAGCGGUAACGUUCAUCAAUCCCCCACUUCGGCCCUCGUACGCCAGUCACACCAUCUUGGCCAUCUACAUUUUUCUGCCACUGAGCGAAAACAUUCACGGCCUCAUCCUGGGCGCCGCCACGUCCGUGUGCUAUCUGAUCGAGAUGGCGCUAAUCACGUACCGUCUGGAGGACAACACGGCCCUGAAGGUGAUCGCCGAACUGAUUUACUUCGUGUGUCUCAACCUGUUCGGGCUGUACUUUCGACUCAUCAACGAGGUGGCGAUCCGGCGCACGUUUCUCGAUCGGCGCGAGCUGGUGGAAGGCAAUCUGUUGCUAAAGUUUGCUCGCAACCAGGAAAAGGAAUUGCUGCUUAGUAUCCUGCCCGAGCACACGGCGGAACUGAUGGAGAAGGACAUCCGGGCGAUGAUCGAAAAGACGCGCCAUGAUCAGCACAACGCGUCCCAAAUGUUCAACACAAACAACUUCUUCCGGACCGGAACACAAUGGCGAUCGAUAAACAAGCUUUACGUGCAGAAGCACACGAACGUCACAAUCCUGUACGCGGAUGUGGUGAACUAUACGUACAUGACCACUCAACUUCCGGUGCGCACGCUGGUCGACGUUAUGCACGAACUGUUCGUAAAGUUUGAUGAAGCCUCGAAGGAGUUCAACGUGCUAAGGAUCAAGUUUUUGGGCGACUGCUACUACUGCGUGUCGGGCGUGCCGGUCCGCAACAAGUACCACGCCAAAAGCUGCGUCAACCUGGGCCUCCGCAUGAUCAAGGACAUCCGUGAGGUGCGACUGUCGCGCGAUCUCAACAUCGACAUGCGUAUCGGCAUCCACAGUGGCAGCAUCAUCUCGGGAGUGAUCGGUGCCUGCAAAUGGCAGUACGACAUUUGGUCGAAGGAUGUGAUCAUUGCAAACAAGAUGGAGUCCACCGGUGAGGCGGGCAAAGUGCACGUUACGAUGCAAACCUUGGAGCAGCUAGACGGGGAGUACAUCUUCGAGGAAGGAACACCGCAAGCGAAAGACGACCCGAUAUUGUCCAAACACAACAUACAAACGUUCCUGAUCGUGCCACAGCCCGGCUACGAUGAGGGCAGUUUCUUUGCCAUUCAAGAACCGGGCCCCAGCAGCCGGAUGUCCAGUGGAGUGAAACGGAAGACCAUCAAAAAGGAGCGCAGCCUGGUAACGAGAAACUUUAUGCAGAACUCGAUGGAGCAGUUUCGGGAAAUAAUGAAGCUGACGAACGUCGAAAUGGCGUACGAACUGGAACGGAUGCCCAUCGGGAGAUUUCAGUUCAACAAGUUGUUCUCCUCCUACAAAACCUAUAUGCACGAACCGGGGAGCGAGUCCGCGCGAGUUCCACCACCUCUGGGCGGUUCGCAGCGAAGGCACGAGGAAGAGGACACGAAUCGGCUAGAUAAUAUGUCACCCUGUUUCAUGUGCUUCGAAAACAGCCGCUGGGAACUGUCCUACCUGCGCGAACCAGACCUAAUGCUCAAGUACAGCGUGCUGAUGAGUUUCAUCGUUUACGUGUGCAUUCUGCUGAUCCAGAUCCUGAACGAAGCGUCCGGGAUUUACUUUUGGAUGCUAAACGGUUUCGCCGGCACACUGUUAGUGGUGUUCGUACCGAUCACGUGGUUCAAAAAGAUCUGGGACGUCUACACACCGUACUCGAUUGACGAUUUGCUGCGCGUGCGCAAACCGCAAUCGAGGCCGAUGCGCGUCUUGUACGACUUCUCGAACGACAUUAUGGGGAACUUUAUUAUCCGGACGGUGAUCUAUCUGAUUACCAUCACACUGUUGGUGUUCUGCUCGCUAAUGUACCUGUUCGAGUGUAGCUACGAUUUGCACGCGAGCAACGAAGUUGCGUCGGACGAGAGAAACGCCUCCCAUUUCGCGUUCACAGAUCGGACUGCCGGCGACGACUAUACGGGAAAAACUUUCUGCACCAAUCCUUGGUCCGUAACCCAGUGCCUAACGCUAACCAUCGGAAUGGCGUUCCUUUUUCUGCGCAUCCACUUUCUACUGAAAGCCGCCGUGGGUUUGCUGAUUUUUUUCUUCUACUGCUGGACCAUCUUCGACGAUCUGUACUAUUUUUUCGACAGCAGCGCGAGCAUGAACCCAGGGCUCGAUCCGAAGGCGUCCCACCUAAUGUUGAUCCUCUUCAUCGUCAUCAUCUUCCACUGGAUCGACCGGCAGUCGGAAUACAUUGCCCGGACGGAUUACAACUGGAAGCAACAGCUUCUGAAGCAAAAGGAGGAGGCCGAAGUGACGAAGCAAUCGAAUAAAAUCCUUGUCGAAAACAUUCUACCAACGCACGUGGCCGAGAUCUACAUCAACCGACAGCUUAAGAACGAGUUCUACAACGAAGAGUACGAGAACGUGGCGGUGAUGUUUGCCACCAUCACCAAUAUGGAGGUCAAUACGGAUAUUUCGGUGGAGAACGAGAAGAGUGUGCUGAAGGUGCUGAACGAGAUCAUUUGCGACUUUGACGAGCGGCUGCAGUACUUCGACGGGUACCUGAAGGUAGAGAAAAUUAAAGUGUGUGGCUGGACGUACAUGGCCGCCUGUGGUCUCGAUCCGGGACGAUGUGACUCGUCGUCUUCGCUCAGCGGUUACCGCUCGGUAUCGGGCAUUACGCGUACUUCACUCAUGACCAACGGGCGGCGGAGUCUCAAUCCGCGGGCGUCACUCGACGUCAGCCAUAAGGCGAGCACGAGCACCCGCAGCAACUCCUCCGGCAACUGCCGACAGAGCAACAACGUGACGAUCGUGAUGGCCGAAUUCGCGCUCGAGUUGAUGCGUGUGCUAAGGGACUUUAGUAACGAGAACUUUAAGCAACACAGCCCCGGUCUGUUGCGUGUCGGGAUUGCGCACGGCAAAGUGAUGGCAGGAGUGGUAGGUUCCAGUAAGCCACUGUAUGAUAUCUGGGGCAACGCCGUCAAUAUGGCGUCGCGGAUGGACUCUACCGGGGAACCGGGAAAACUCCAGGUGACGAAGGAAAGUGCCGAAGUGCUGGAAAGCUACGGGUACCGGUGCGACUAUCGGGGUGAAAUUUUCGUCAAGGGACGCGGCAAAAUACCGACGUAUUUUGUGCAGAUCGGUAAGGAUUUCAACUUCGUGAAAAACAAAACCCCGACCAGUAACGGAAAUGCUCAUGUCGGCGAUGUGACGACGAAACUGUAA